AUGGGACGCGCAAAACUGGAUAUGAAACUCAUUGCCAAUUUGAAGAGAAGGAAAGAAACUUAUCAAAAGAGGAAGAUAGGGUUAAAAAAGAAGCUCCAUGAAUUCACCGUACUCUGUAAUGUGCCUGCUUGCAUGAUUCUCUAUGGACCCAGCCAAGGUGACCGUCCAGUUAAAGUGGAGACAUGGCCGCCUGAACUUGAUGAAGUUAAUAACAUCAUCGAACGGUAUCGACAAGUACCCGAGGAAAACAAACAAAAACGACGCCAAGAUCUUUAUGAUUUCUUUCAAGAGCGUAAGAAGAAAGCCGAAGCUGAUCUCGGCAAAUUACGGAAAGAACACGAUGAGUUUCAGUACUUCGAUGAGCAGUUCAAAGGAUUAUCUGUUGAGCAACUUCAACAAGUUUUACAAAGACUAGGAUCCAAGAUGGAAAGUGUGGAUGAGAGAAUCAAGCACAAGAAAAAUCAGGAUAUGAAAGGGAUGUCUGACCAGUCCAAUGUAGCACCCUUUUCCAUGCCAAACACUUCAUAUGAAGGGAACAUGUUCAGUAAUAACAUCCAACAACAACUUGAUGGAUCUCUGUAUAGACCAUUCUUCGGUGGUCAAGGUGUCUCAACAGAUCAUCACAGCCAAUACAAGAAAAUAAAGACGAAUGAUUAUCAGCCUUGUGACAAUAAUUCCUUUAUGCUUAAUUCUGCAUAUAUGUAUGCAAAUAUCCCUUACGAUCCCCCAAUGCUCUCAAGGGGGAACACGGAUUUUGGAUAUCCAGUGUCGUCUACAUUCAAUGUGAUGCCGACGUCGACACUGAUGCCGAUCCCUUGGUCAGGUUCGAUGCAUUCAGCUGGAUAUCCAUCUCACUACUACCAACCACCGAUGCACCAUGGAUCUUCAUCCUCUCAAGGGCCACAACGUUUGUUCACCAUGAACUCAUUUCCUAUGUCUUCAGGAUCAACUUUACGUCAGAUGAGUUACCCGCCUGAAGAGUCUUUUGGCAUCCAAGAUCAACCAAACAGGUACAGACAACAAUGA